AUGGUGCGGCCGUGGCUGUCCUGCCUCUUGCUUCCUGCCCUCGUGGUGUCUGUGGCAGCCAACCUGGCCCCAACAUUCCUGACCAACAUGUCAUCAGUGAACCUGCCCGAGGACCUACCAGUGGGUGCUGAGGUCUUCUGGCUGAUAGCUCAGGACCAGGAAAAUGACCCUCUGACCUAUGAGAUUAGUGGCUCCUAUGCCUACUUCUUUAGUGUCACCCGGAAUACUGGGGAAGUGAAGCUGGCCAAACUUCUGGACUAUGAGACACUCGACUGGUUUUCCAUCUACAUCUCUGUGAGCGAUUCUCACUUGCAGGUGCAGAAGCAAAUGAAGGUGAUCGUGGAGGACAGAAAUGACAACGUACCCAUUUUCCAGAACACAGACUUCUCCACCAGAAUCAGUGAGACCCUGCCGGUUGGCUCCCUGAUCUUCUCUGUGCUGGCCACGGACAGAGACACGGGGUCCGGAGGCGCCGUGGUGUACUCCAUAGUGAAGGUCAUCCCUAGCACGGACAGCAGUGAGUACCUCUUUGGGAUCCUGCCCAACGGCUCCAUCAUCCUCAACGGCAGCCUCAGCUACAACAACAAGAGUGCCUUCUAUCAGCUGGAGCUGAAGGCCUGUGACUCGGGCGACAAUUACAACAGCAUCGCCGUCCAGUGCUCCUCGCCUGUCUUCGUGUCCAUCUCUGUAAUCGACCAGCCAGACCUGGACCCCCAGUUUGUCAGGGAGUUUUACUCGGCCUCUGUGGCUGAGGAUGCACCCCAGGGAACCUCGGUGCUGAAGGUGGAGGCCAUGGAUGGCGACAGAGGCAUCAAUGACCCUGUGAUCUACAGCAUCUCCAACUCCACAAGGCCUGGCUGGUUCGACAUUGGGCCAGACGGGGUGAUCAGGGUCAACGGUUCCCUGGACAGAGAGCAGCUGCUGGAGGAAGAUGAGGAGGUGCAGGUGCAGGUCACGGCCACCGAGAUGCACCCCAACGUCUAUGGGCAGGAGGCCAAGGUGAGCAUAUGGGUCACGCUGAGAGUGACAGACGUCAAUGACCACAAACCUGAGUUUUACAACUGCAGGCUCCCAGCCUGCACCUUCACCCCGCAAGAGGCUCAAGUCAACUUCACUGGCUACGUGGACGAGCACGCCUCCACCCGCAUCCCCAUCGAUGACCUAACCAUGGUGGUCUACGACCCAGACAAGGGCGGCAACGGCACCUUCCUUCUAUCCCUGGGGGGCCCUAAUGUUGAAGCCUUCAGCGUCUCCCCGGAGCGGGCGGCGGGCUCAGUGGAUGUGCAGGUGCUGGUGAGAGCACCGUCGCUGGUGGACUAUGAGACACAAACGGUGAUGCUGGUGCAGGUUGUGGCCACUGACUCGGUCAGCAGAAGCUCCUCGGUAGCCUUGGUGACCAUCCACCUUAGAGAGAUUAAUGAUCACAGACCCACAUUCCCCCACAACCUGUACAACCUCAGUGUCUUCGAGCACAGUGCGGUCGGCUAUGUGGUCACCAACAGCAUCCGAGCCUCCGACCCAGACACGGGCGAGGGGGGCCGCAUCACCUACAGCCUGCUUCCGGGGAAUGGGGCGGACAUCUUUGCGGUGGAUCCAGACUCGGGGACGGUGACGGUGAGAAACAGUGAGCUGCUGGAUCGGGAGAAGCAGGCCGAGUACUACCUCACGCUGCUGGCCACGGACGGCGGGAACCUGUCGUCCUCCACCACGCUGCAGAUCGUCGUGCUGGACAUCAAUGACAACAAGCCCGUGGUCAGCGGCUCCUACAACAUCUUUGUCCAGGAAGAGGAAGGCAAUGUCUCCGUGACCAUCCAGGCUCACGACGAUGACCACCCAGGCACCAACCACAGCCUUCUACACUUCAGCCUGCUGAGCAGUCCCUACAGCCACAACUUCUCAGUGGACCCCGACAAAGGGAUCCUCAGAAACCUGGGGCCCUUGGACCGAGAGGCCAUCAACACCACCCUGGGGGGCCGCAUCGUGCUGACCGUGCGCGUGUCUGAUUGUGGAGAGCCUGCCCUCUGGACUGACGUCAAUGUCACCGUCACUGUGGAGGACAUCAAUGAUAAUCUGCCCAUCUUCAACCAGUCCAGCUAUUCCUUCUCAGUGAGGGAGAGGGACCCAGGAGUGCUGGUGGGCGUGGUGGAGGCCUGGGAUGCAGACCAGACGGAAGCCAACAACCGCAUCAGCUUUAGCCUAUCAGGGGGCGGUGCCAACAACUUCUUGCUCCGAGGCUUGGUGCUGGGGUCUGGGUGGGCAGAGGGCCACCUCUGGCUGCCCUUGGACAUGAGCCUGGACUAUGAGACACAGGACUUCUUCAAUCUGACAGUGAGUGCUGAGAGCCCAGACCCCCAGGGGCGUGACGCCACAGCAAAAGUCCUCGUGAAUGUGGAGGACGUGAAUGACGUGCCACCCACCCUGGACUCAACCUCGCUCCGGGGCAUCCGUGUGGCUGAGAAUGGCUCGCAGCACGGUAUAGUGGCUGAGGUGGUGGCCCAGGACAGGGACACCAUGUCCCAGUUGGAGGUACAGCUUGUGAACGUCAUCUGUACCAAGGCCGGGGUCGACGUGGGCAGUCUGUGCCAUGGCUGGUUCUCUGUGCUGGCCAACGGCUCUGUGUUCAUCAGUCAGAGUGAGGUCAUCGACUAUGAGACCUGUGACCUGGUCACGCUGGUUGUGCGGGCCUAUGACCUCACAACGGACCCCCGCUUCCAGGCCUACAGUGACAAUGGAAGCCUCCCCAUCACCAUCGAGGAUGUGAAUGACAAUGCACCCUACUUUCUGCCUGAGAAUAAGACUUUUGUGAUCAUCCCAGAACUUGUGAUACCCAACCAGCAGGUGGCUUCUGUCCAGGCCAGAGACAGUGACUCAGGGAACAAUGGGGCCAUCCUGUUCUCCAUCCUCCAAGUGGAUUUCAUCGCUAAGGAUGGGACCAUGAUCCCUUUCCAGGGCUUCUUCCGUGUCUCCACUUCCUUGGAGGCCAGCGUGUUCAUUGGCAACAUUGAGCUGGUGACCAACCUUGAUUCCACUCUCCAAGGCACUUAUCAAGUGACGGUCAAGGCCCAGGACAGGCCUUCUGAGGGUCCUGCCCAGGAAGCCAAAAUCACCCUAAAUCUCUUCACUGUGGACCAGAGUUACCGUGUGAGGCUGAAGUUCUCCAUGAGCAAGGAGGAGGUGGGCGCCAACAUGGACGAGAUUAAGGCGGCUCUUGUCCAGGCGACCAGGACUACUGUCUACAUUGUGAACAUUCAGGACACAGAAUCCAUGGCUCGGGCCCGAGGCCGUUCCUACCUCGAUGCCUACUUUGUCUUCUCAAAUGGGUCAGCCUUGACCCGUGAUCAGCUGAGUGUGACGAUCCGGAAUGACAAGGACUCCCUGACCGAGCUGCUGCGGCUGGGGCUGGUGAUGCUGGACUCCCAGGAGAGCCAGGAGUCAGAGUUGCCAGACACGCUCCGUAACAUCAUCAUAGGAUUGGGAGUGGCUUUGCUGCUGGUCAUCGUGAUCAUGACCACGGUCCUUGUGUGUACCCAGAAGAGCUACCACCGGAAACUUCGGGCUAUGAAGGCUUCCAAGGAGGCCCGGAAGACAGCGGUGGGGGUGAUGCCCCCAGUCUCUGCCAUCCCCGGGACUAACGUGUACAACACUGAGCGUGCCAAUCCCGUGCUGAACCUCCACACCAAGGACCUAGGCUUCGAGUCCCAGUCUUCCUCCAGCGACGUGGACCACAUCAGCCUCAACUCCCUGGAUGACAACUCUGUGGAUCUGGAAAAGAGCAGGCAGGAAAUCAAGGAGAUGAGACCCCUGCACAGUCUGAUGGGGCCGGAUCCAGAGCCCCUGAACAGAGUGCUAUCAGGAGUGAAGGCGGGCACACGUGGACAGCAGAAGGAGCUGGCCUUCAUCAACACUGGCCUGAACACCACAGACCUGUGA